AUGCGCGUGUGCUCGACGUCGCUGGCUCUCGCUCUGCUGGCGUUUCAUGCGGCUGAGGCCGUCGUGCUCCAGCCGCGCGUGAGGGCGCCAUUGUUUCCCUCACCGCACGCCCUGCGCUGCCUCUCUUCUUCGGUGCGCCUCGCGGCGGAGCCGUCAGAGACCGAGGCAGCCGCAGGCGACGGCGCCGUGCCCGACGGCGAGGGGAUGUCGGACGCCAAGGCGGAGAAGGCGGCCAAGAAGGCGGAGAAGGACGCCCUUCGCGCGCAGAUCGACGAGCUCGAGAAGAAGCUCACCUCCGCGCGCGGCGACUUCGUGGCCGCGCAGGACGAGGCGAAGGACGCGGGCGAGAAUGGCUACCUGCUCCUCGCUGCCAACUUCGAGCGCGAGCGGCAGCGCGCGCGGACGGAGCUGGAUGGACAGGCGGGGUACGGCCGUCUCGAGGCGAUGCGGCCGCUCCUCCCGUUCGUCGAGCAGUUUGCGGCGCUGCAGGCCGAGGCGGACGGCGCGGACGGCGGCGCUGCAGAGGUGCACAAGUACUACUCGGGGAUCCACAAGCAGCUGACGCAGGCGAUGGGCGAGCCGCGCCGGCCACCCCUCUGCCUCUGCAGCCUGACAGCGCGCACGCCGCCUCUUCAGGUGCUCGAGGCGGCGCAGCUCGAGCCCUUCGAUAGCGCGCCGGGCGACGCGCGGCACCGCGAGGUGGAGAGGCGCCCGAGCGAGGAGGUUGCAAAGAAUUGCGUCCUCGAGCAGACGGCGCGAGGCUACACCAUGGGGGGGGAGCUGCUGCGCGAGGCGGAGGUCGUCGUCUCUUCGGGCUCCGCCGCCGCCGCCGCCGCUGCCGAGGCCGAGGCGGCGGCCGCUGCGGCGGACGCGGCUGCUGCGGUCGAGGCUGCAGCUGCGGCGGACGGCGAGGAGGCGGGCGAGGCUGGGCCUGAGGCGGGGCCUGAGGGAUCGGAGUAGCACGGCGUGCCGGGGGGGGGGGGGGGGGGGCUUCGAGUAGGUCUGUCUAGGGGUCACCACAGCAAACGGACCGGAGAGCGAGCCCAGCUCGACUGCAGCCCUGCACCUCGAGAGCGGGCGCGGGGCUGCCAGGUGCUCGCUAGUGGCGUGGCUUGGGCUGGCGCUCGUGUGCACGGUUGGUGUAGGCAUGGCGCUAGUUUGGGGCGAGGUGGGGAGGCGUCCGCGUGUCGACUGUCGUUUCAGCGGGCGGGUGCGCCUGCGCGCGUGCGAUACAAAAGAUUUUUGAGGUCCGGU